AUGUCUGACCUGACCACUGUCAUUGCCAAGGGCAUUGCUCCCCCUGUUGGCCCCUACUCUCAUGCCGUCAAGACGCCCACCGCCAUCUACUGCUCGGGCCAGAUUCACUUCGACGCGAAUGGACAGCUCAUCCCAACUACUGAUGUCAAGGAGAUGACCAAGCAGUGUCUGGAGAACCUGAAGGCUGUCUUGGCCGAGGCCGGCUCGUCCUUGGACAAGAUUGUCAAGACGACCGUCUUCCUGGUUGAUAUGGAUCACUUCGCCCAGGUGAAUGAAGUGUACGCGCAGUACAUCACUCACAAGCCGGCACGCAGCUGUGUCGCGGUCAAGACGCUCCCCAAGGGCGCUACUGUCGAGAUUGAGGCGGUUGCACUGCCGUAG